UUCUCCCUCGCUUACCUUUCUUUGCACCUGUCCACUGCAGGCUCCCAAGGAAUCUAAUUCUCCUCUCCUCUCUUUCCUCCUCCUACCAGUGCCCUCCUUCUUUCUCUCUCUCUCUCUCUCUCUCUCUCCCCGCCUUCCCUCCCUCCUCCCUUCCUCUUCUUCUAAAUACCUGCCAAGUUGGGCUCCUUUUAGCGGCGAUCUAUCACUGCAAAGCUCACAUCAAAGGCGGUUGCACGGCUGCAGCUGAACAGCAUCACCGCUGUCCCAAAGACAACCCCAAAGAGGGGCCUCGACUGCACCUCCUCGAAGUUGCUGGCUGGCUUUGGCCAAGUGCAGGAAUGGUUUUUGCGAGGGCAUGGAUGGAGAAGUGCCAAGGGCCCCUUUUGGUCACUUCCGAAGAGCAAAAACGUGUUGAGAGGAGACCGGUUUAAGAUUUCAAACAGAACCUCCCCAGCGCGCAUGAAAGGACUUGAUUAGCAUAUGUCAAGAGGACCCGCUUAUAUACUCGGUGUGUAUGUACACAGGACUCUGAUCUGAUCAGUUUGCGGAGUUGGAGCCCCAGCCCCCAGCCCUAGUCCUAGUAUUGGCAGCGGCAGCUAUAGAUAUUUCUGCAGAGCCAGCAGCCGGCUCCCACCUACCCAAGGAGAGAAGAUCGCUCCAAGACAGUGAGAGCUUCCCUGCCAUUUCAGUGCAAAGUCCCUCCGGAGCGACCUCAGAGGAGUAACCGGGCCUUAACUUUUUGCGCUCGUUUUGCUAUAAUUUUUCUCUAUCCACCUCCAUCCCACACCCGCAACACUCUUUACUGGGGGGUCUUUUGUGUUCCGGAUCUCCCCCUUCAUGGCUCCCUUAGCCGAAGUCGGGGGCUUUCUGGGCGGCCUGGAGGGCUUGGGCCAGCAGGUGGGCUCGCAUUUCCUGUUGCCUCCUGCCGGGGAGCGGCCGCCCCUGCUGGGCGAGCGCAGGGGCGCGGCGGAGCGGAGCGCCCGCGGCGGGCCGGGGGCUGCGGAGCUGGCGCACCUGCACGGCAUCCUGCGCCGCCGGCAGCUCUAUUGCCGCACCGGCUUCCACCUGCAGAUCCUGCCCGACGGCAGCGUGCAGGGCACCCGGCAGGACCACAGCCUCUUCGGUAUCUUGGAAUUCAUCAGUGUGGCAGUGGGACUGGUCAGUAUUAGAGGUGUGGACAGUGGUCUCUAUCUUGGAAUGAAUGACAAAGGAGAACUCUAUGGAUCAGAGAAACUUACUUCUGAAUGCAUCUUUAGGGAGCAAUUUGAAGAGAACUGGUAUAACACCUAUUCUUCUAAUAUAUAUAAACAUGGAGACACUGGCCGCAGGUAUUUUGUGGCACUUAACAAAGACGGGACUCCAAGAGAUGGCGCCAGGUCCAAAAGACAUCAGAAGUUUACACAUUUCUUACCUAGACCAGUGGAUCCAGAAAGAGUUCCAGAAUUGUACAAGGACCUACUGAUGUACACUUGAAGUGUGAUCGUGACAUUAUGGAGGAGUCAAACCACAACCAUUCUUUCUUAUCAUAGUUCCCAUCAUAAAAUAAUGACCCAGGAAGACAUUCAGAAUGUUAAAGUCUAUUUUCUACUGGGAGACUGGAUUUGGAAAGAA